CUCUCCAUGAGACAUGGUGCCAUCUGAAAAUUCCUCCAGACCAUCUGCUCCCAUGAAGGUCCCCGGGCAGCGCUCCCUGCGGCCCCAGAGCCUUCCCUCCCCGGCCCUGUGCUGCGCCUGCGGCCUGUGCAUCCUGCUGGCCGGCAUCAACAUCACCCUGGUUGGAGCUUUCGCCUUCAGCACCUUCCUCCCUAUUGGCAACCCCCCGAUCAUCAUCGGGCCCCUGCUCUUGUUGGUAGCCCUGGCCUUCUUCACAGCGUGCUGCGUGGUCAGCAGGAGGCCCUCGGCCCCCAUGGACCGCAGGCCCAACGGAGGCGAGAAGUGGGGGCUGAUGCGGAUGGGGACGGCGGUGUUUGAGAUGGAGACCAGCGACAACAUGCUGCAGGACACUACGGCCGUUCAGCUCAGCCCCACCAACUCCCUCACCUCCUCUCACAAGUCCGGCUCCAGCCACAGGGGCGACGCCUCUCCUCCACCCAACAUGGCAGAGAUGUCUGACGUGGGUGUCAAUGGAGACAACACCACCUUGACCUCUGACAGCAAGGCGAGCACUCCCACGCAGAUGCUGCCUGCUCAGAACACUUCCUCUACGUAG